AUGUCAAGCUCUUCUACACCUGGGUCAACUAAGAUUAGUCCAUCGUACUACGGGUACGUUGGGUCAACCAAGGAUGCGUUGAUGAUCAUUCAGGCUAUAUUGGAUAAGCAGUUGGAGUUAGUACAUCGAAGACCACACGAACGGGAGCGGACGUCAUUGAUCAAAUCCGGGAACGUAUUUGUGUUUAUCGAAGAGCACUCGGGCAUCAAGAGAUGGACGGAUGGCAUUGCAUGGUCACCGUCGAGAAUCUUGGGACGCUUCCUCAUUUACCGUGAGUUAGAUAAACAUUCCCUUGGGGAGAAGGAUGACAAGAAAAAAAAGAGGCGUAAAGUUAGCGUAACCCAAUUAGAAGAUAGCUCAUCCGACGGUGCAAAUCAUUUAAACUCUAACCCAAUGGGACAGAUGAAUUCAUUGGGUGCCGAAUUUGUUGAUGGCGAUUACAACAAACAGCUCGUUGGCUCAUUAGUUACGUCGUACGUAUUUAAGGACCAGGGGUUGAUCAAAAAAACAUUGUCUCUAACUACGCUGUCCAAGGAACUAAACAUUAGCGAUAAGGAUGAGAAACAAACAAUUCAUUUAAUAAGUUAUUAUAACGUUGAUGAUGUAUUAAAUGGAAAGUUGCAAAGGCCUCCAGAUACUAGUUUGAAAAAUUUGAAUAUUACUAAUAAUUUGUGGAAUGCAGUUAAGGAAUCACUGUUGGGUGGGAAAAUUCCCAUUGAAGAUGAAGCGUACUAUUUCUUGGAUAAGAAUUAUCAAUUGCAAAAUAUGUCAUUAUUGCAACAGCCACCUUUACCCCCUCCACCUCAACUUCAGCCUAGAGCUCAAAGUCAACUGCACCAGCAGCUUAUUCCACCGAAGUAUAACACUUCUACUAGCGGUGCUAAUAGCAAUCCGUUACAUAUGUUACCAGUUCCGUUACAACCACCUCCACCAGGACACCCUCAACGUCACCAGCACCAACCACAUCAGCACCACCAACCACACCAGCACCACCAAUCUCAUCCACCGUUCCUGACAAGUAAGGAUGAUUAUCAUUACUCUUCAAGUUUGCCGCCUUCAAAUGAUUUCUCGUUCGUGAAUCCAUUCACAUCCGGAAAUACGUCCAAUACUUCUAAUUUUCAAAGCAAUUCAAAUUCGGCAUCGAUUCCACCCUCACAGUCUCAGCCUUCAGCUAAUGGACCUCCAACUAACAAUUCGGGACCUUCAGGGUAUAACAAUUACAUGUUACCCCAACUGCAAUAUUCCAAUUUUCAACAUCAAGCACCUGACAAUUAUCAAUCUAAUUAUCCUUCAAAUUACUCGAUGUACCCUCAUUACCUGCAACACCAACAGUCGCAACCGCAAUAUUUACAACAACAAACUCCCCAAUAUCGUAAUUCGAUUGGGGGCGAAUAUCCGUUAAGCUCUAACUUUAACGGAUACUCACCAGCCGGUAAUAUGUAUCCAUUGAGAAGACAACAGAAGAGUAAUAGCAUAACCACAAGUAAUAGUGUAUCUAACCCUGGAUCCUUCAAUAUGUCGAGUGGCACAAAUUCAAUCAGCAGUAAUAGUAAUGGAUGGUUUACCACAAGUGCAUCAAAUCCUAAUUCAAACUAUGUUCCAGCACUGCAGAAUCUGUUGAGCCAAGAUUUAGUUGAUCACCCAAUUAAUAUCCAACCUAAUCCCCCAGCUCAUAAUACUGAUACUAAUCAGCUGUUUUUAACUGGCUCAAACUUUACUUCUAACUAA